AAAAGUAGGAAAAUAACAAUUUUGGUGAUGUUUUUUCUUAUUAGAAUACAAAAUUCUGAAUGAUUCUUUUUAGAAUAUUUGUUAAUGGCUCUGAGAUCAGCAAAGCUUACGCUUUUCAGUCCUUUACACGGGUUUGUAGAUAAAGGAAGAAGCUCGUUGUUGCAAAGAAGGAGAUCGAUGGCUCCGACGGCGACGCUGGAUCAAAAUGAGGAGCUCCGGCGACUCAAGGAGGUUAAUAUUGACGAAGCUCCAGGGCGUCGUCGUGUUCGUGAUUCCUUGAAAGAUAUUCAGCUUAAUCUCGAUCAUAUCCUCUUCAAGACACCAGAAAAUGGGAUUAAGACAAAGGAGUCUUUUGAGGUGAAUUCGAGAGGAGUUGAGAUUUUCUCUAAAAGCUGGCUUCCUGAAGCUUCUAAGCCUAGAGCUUUGGUUUGUUUCUGCCAUGGUUAUGGAGAUACUUGCACGUUUUUCUUCGAAGGGAUUGCUAGGAGAUUGGCAUUGUCGGGAUAUGGAGUUUUCGCUAUGGAUUAUCCGGGAUUUGGCUUGUCGGAGGGCUUGCACGGUUAUAUCCCUAGCUUUGAUCUUCUUGUUCAAGAUGUCAUUGAGCAUUACUCCAACAUAAAAGCGAAUCCUGAGUUUAGUUCUCUACCGAGCUUUCUCUUUGGACAGUCAAUGGGUGGAGCUGUGUCACUCAAAAUACAUCUCAAACAACCAAAUGCAUGGACCGGUGCAGUCUUGCUAGCACCAAUGUGCAAAAUUGCAGAUGAUUUGGUUCCACCACCGGUAUUAAAACAGAUUUUGAUCGGCCUAGCCAAUGUUCUACCGAAACACAAGUUGGUUCCACAAAAGGAUUUAGCUGAAGCAGGGUUUAGAGAUAUCAGGAAGAGGGAAAUGACACCAUACAACAUGAUUUGUUACAGUGGCAAACCAAGGCUACGCACUGCAGUAGAAAUGCUUAGAACAACUCAGGACAUUGAAAAACAAUUGCAGGAGGUGUCCUUGCCGAUACUGAUUCUACAUGGAGAAGCUGAUACAGUGACAGAUCCUUCAGUGAGCAGAGAGCUAUACGAGAAAGCGAAAAGUCCAGACAAGAAGAUAAUUUUGUAUGAAAAUGCGUAUCAUUCUCUGCUCGAAGGCGAACCAGACGACAUGAUUCUCCGUGUCUUGUCCGAUAUUAUCUCGUGGCUCGACGACCAUAGCUUACAAGCUGAGGGAUCAUUAGUUACUACUAUGUAGGUUAUGAACAUUUGUUAUGUUUUAGUUUUUAGGUAAACAUUUUACCUAGUGAAGAGUAUUUCUCAACGAAUAAGCAAUAAAUGGUCAUUAUUUGCAAUCGAUUUCACAGGAUUGUUGCAGCUAGCAUGUAAAUCCGAGUAAAAGAAAUUAUUUUCUUUUGCAUAAUGUAGUUUGCAAAUUUUGUAUCAUCAUC